UUGCAUGACGUCACAUCCGUGGUUGAGAAAUACGAUAAACAAAUGUAUGUAUGGACAAAUUACAAUCCUUUACAGAAGCCUGCCAAUGGAGGAAGACAAUUCACAAAUAUUUGAACAUGCCAACUCUGAGUUUAAAAAGAAGAAUUUCAAACAGGCAGAUGAGCUGUACACAGAGUUUAUCUCCUCCUGCCUAAAGUCCAGGGUAUGUGAAGCUGGUGAUUUGGCGACUGCUUAUAACAACCGUGGACAGAUAAAGUACCUCCGGGUGGAUUUUCAUGAAGCAGUAGAAGAUUACACCUCCGCAAUACAGGCUAACAGUCAGUUUGAAAUACCUUUCUACAACAGAGGACUCAUCCACUAUAGACUAGGUUUUUUUGACGAUGCAAAGGCUGACUUCCAGCAAGCAUUAAAGCUCAACCCAGAGUUUGAGGAUGCCAAAGUGAGUCUGCAACAGACACUUCUGGACCAGAAACAGAAGAUAAACAGGGGAUACUGACAACGUCAUAAACUACAGAGUGCAUGUUUCAUAUAUCCUGCAGUAUGGUGGGUAAACAAAAGCUAGACCUAUGCUGUCAA